AUGUCGACCGAACCAAGAGCCACCGUCACAGUCCAGCCUCCAAGAUUUGUCCGGAAGGGCAGCACCAUCUUGCCCCCCGUACAGGUCAGGGUACAAUUUGACGCGGGUGAUCCGCGGCUGAAACAAUUGGAGAUGAUAUUCGCCACAGCCACCUUGCGCUAUGCCAAUACCACCACAGUGGAAACCGACCCCAACAGGAAUCAAGCGGCAGCGAGUCCGGCAGAAGUAUGCAACGACAGUCCGGUUGGCGAUACACUGAACUUCAUCUUCCAAAACCUUCAACUCCCCGAUGGCCUCCACGGCGACUGCUUCUACAGAAUCACAAUAGAUAUUCUCCACACAACCGCUAUGGAAACCACGGACAACGGUGACCCCAAACUGGAGAAGCUGACUAUCGCGCACACGGAUACCAGACCUUUCACCGUCGUCUAA